GCGUGUUUCAGCAUACCACUCAAUAAUCGUAUUAACUUCCACGGUGCUCAUUCUACAUGGCAUCGAUCAGCAGCUGGUUAUGGGGAACUUCACAGCUCGAUGAUGCUGUCGACAAGGCCACCUCGGAGCUCAUCCCGAAUGGCUCAGAGGACGUCGCUCUCAAUCUCGAGAUAUGUGACCAGAUACGCUCCAAGUCAGCACCCGCAAAGGAUGCCAUGCGUGCGCUCAAGCGCCGCCUUAACAACAAGAAUCCCAAUGUCCAACUCCUUGCACUCGGCUUAACAGACAUCUGUGUCAAGAAUGGUGGCGAUCAUUUCUUGAGCGAGGUGACCUCAAGGGAGUUCAUGGAUAAUCUGGUCUCCAUCCUCAAAAUGCCUGGUCUAAAUCAUUCUGUCAGAGAUGACAUCUUGAAGUAUAUACAGAACUGGUCUUUGGCUUUUGAAGGCAAGCCCAAUCUUAGUUACGUCAAUCAGGUCUAUAAGACUCUCAAGAGUGAAGGACAUCAUUUCCCUCCAAAGGACUUUGCCCUGGCGAACUCUGCCAUGGUUGAUACAUCAACCGCUCCAGAAUGGAUAGAUUCCGAGCUGUGUCUGCGAUGUCGCACUCCGUUUACAUUUACCAAUCGGAAACAUCACUGUCGGAAUUGUGGACAAGUUUUCGACCAGCAAUGUUCAUCUAAAUCCAUACCCUUGCCUCACUUCGGCAUCACUCAAGCUGUUAGGGUCUGUGAUGCGUGUCACAAUAAGUUGCAGAAAAAGGCUGAGAAAAGUGAUAAAGGACACCGCCAUUCCGCAAGUAUGUAUAGCCCGCGUCACAGCAGUGCGCGCGACCUCGCAGAUGCCGAGCUCCAGCGCGCUAUCGAGCUCUCCCUUGAGGAGGUUGGUGCUGCUCACGGACGCAGACCGGGUUAUGUCCCCGCUCAACCCACUGCGCACGAUUGGCACGUUUCCGAACCUCCUCUCGUAGACAGAAAGACGCACCCCGAUCGUAAAGUUGCUGACGCGGAUGAGGAUGAUCCUGAUCUCCGUGCAGCUAUUGAAGCAAGUCUCCGCGAGGCUAAUGCCCCGAAACCGAGCGCCCCUGUGGAGCUUACAAGCACAGACUCGUACAGUAACGUGUACGCCACGUCUCAAUCAUAUCCUCCCACUGUCAUGCCUGCGCCACAAAUGCCGAAGCUUGCAAGUUAUGAUCUUGAGCCAUUGGAGACCGACGCCAUUCUUACAUUCAGCCAGACGGUGGAGCAAGUGCAGGCCCAAGGUGGACGCGAUAUGUCGCGGUAUCCUGCUGUCAACGAACUAUAUGACAAAGCAAACGGACUCCGGCCCAAGCUGGCGAUGAGUUUGGAUGACACUGACCGCAAAGAACAACUGCUAUCAGAGAUGCACGAAAAGCUUUCGCAAGCCGUCAAGCUCUACGACAAGCUACUGACGGAUCAGGUCUCGCAUCCCACGUGGCGGCGUUCUCCCCAACAGGUCCACCCUACGACUGUACCAGUGCGACAAUCCACACAAACCCCUGCUAACGGUCACAGUCAAUGGGCGCCAUCCCACCAUCAUGCAUCCUCCGUAUCUUCCCCUGUUUUUGCGCCACCACGGACCGACUCUGUCCAAUACGCCCCACAACCUCUUAUCUCCCGACCCACGUUAUCUACUGUCCCCGACACCUCACGGCUCCACUCGCCUCGCCAUCCGCACCUCCUCAACCGCCUCACUUUCACUAGUCCGCCGUUAUCUGUAUCCUUCCUCCCCCAGCAAACCCCCGCUUCUCCCACCAUUCCGGCCAACCAACCCGUGUCAAUACCCCAGUUCGCCAACACUCCCGCACCAUCUCAACCACCACCACCACCACCACCACCACCCGCAUUUCAACCCAUGGCUCCACCCCUUACUCCACAAACGCCAGCCCUCGCACGGCACCACACCGUCUCGGCACGCACCGCAAUAUCCCCGCCGCCCGCCCCACUCGCCCGCUCAAGCACCGUAUCACGCGCGUCCCGCCCUCAGUAUCAGCAGCCUUUACAGCCACAACUCCCGCAGUUCCCCUCUGCACCAACGGCAGCACCGCAAUCGUAUGACUUGUACGCGCCAUCUGCGCCUACAACUAUUCCGGAACGACGAGAGGAGCUGUUGAUUGAUUUGUAGUGAUUUUUUAUUGCUACAGUGUGUGAGUGGGUUACGGCAGGAUUGCGUACUGGUGGACUGAUAGAUUAAUGUGAAUGCACGUACUUAGUAGUUUUGAACAAGUUUACAUGUAAUAAUCGUGUUG